AUGGGUAGUUUGGGCUUUUGCAGAUGUGAGAUCAGCUGUGGGUCCCAGCUAUAUGAAGGAGGCUUGGUCAAUAAUGGCAUGGCUGCUUCAGGGCACUGUGCCCUCAGCAGUGGUGUAACCCAGCCUGACUCUCUUCGUCAUCUUCCAGUGCAUCCACUCUGGCAGAGUCCGCUUACAAUUCCUGGAGGCACCCGACAGUCUCCUAUCAAUAUCCAGUGGAGAGACAGCGUUUAUGACCCCUUCCUGAAGCCUCUGAAAAUCAGCUAUGACCCAACAACGUGUCUUCACAUCUGGAACAAUGGAUAUUCAUUCCUGGUUGAGUUUGAUGAUUCCACUGAUAGAUCAAUAAUUGAUGGAGGUCCCUUGGAAAAUCAGUACAGGCUAAAGCAGUUCCACUUCCAUUGGGGAGCUAUAAACGACUGGGGUUCAGAGCACACAGUUGACUGUAAAUUUUACCCAGCAGAGUUGCAUUUAGUACACUGGAAUGCCGUUGUGUACCCAACAUUUGAAGAAGCUGUAAUGGAAGGUAACGGCUUGGCUGUUAUUGGAGUGUUUUUAAAGCUAGGAGCACAUCAUGAAGGGCUGCAGACACUGGUUGAUGCCUUGCCAGCAGUUAAACACAAAGACACUGUUAUUGAGUUUGAUGUCUUUGAUCCCUCCUGUUUGAUUCCUUCAUGCCCUGAUUAUUGGACCUACGCAGGCUCUUUGACUACUCCCCCACUUACUGAAUCAGUCACAUGGAUUAUUAAGAAGCAGCCCAUAGAGGUUGAUGAGAAUCAGCUGGAGGCAUUUCGGAUGCUGCUCUUUACUUCAGAUGGUGAAGAAGAAAAGAGAAUGGUAGACAACUUUCGCCCUCUUCAGCCAUUAAUGAACCGAACCGUCCGUUCAUCCUUCCAAAGCAGGCAUCUCUUGAAUGCUGAAGUACAGCCCAAGGACCAUGCUGAGCAGAUGAGGUCAUAG